UUUCUAUAGCUGUUUGAGAUAACUUUUCAGUUGAAUACAAUGUCACAUCAAGAAAAGGGAAAGUUGUCUCUACGGCUCUGUCAGUCGCUAGCCUUCAGUUCUACCUCUGUAAUGUCCCCCGUUACUGACUUGGCUGUCAACUUAGGCGAACUUUCAACAAACAGUGGUGCUUCCACCCCAAAAAGACGAUUAGAUGAAAUUGGGGACACACCAGACAGAGUAAUUUUAGGAUCAUUUUUGACUAAAUCAGCUUUUGUCGACUCGCCAACGCCAGUAGAUUCGCCGAUGCUACAAGAAAGAGUACUGCGGGAUGUAAACGGUGGAAGGCAAAGACAUUUAAGAAGAAUAAGAUCUCAUCCUCUUCAAAGACUGCCAUUUGCCAAAGAAAACAUUCCAAGUCAUGAGUCAAGAUCAGAAAAUCUUCCCAUUUCUAGUCCUAGCAAAUCUGGGCUGUGCAAGUUCCUAGCAGUUGGAGAUGCUGCCAGUGAUACCGACUCCCAAGACAGUGGUUAUUGUGAUUCUCAGGGUGUUAAAAUUGAAUGGAGCCCUUCCAGAUCUACAAUCUCUCAGAGUUCAUCAGUUUAUUAUACAAGGGAGUCGGUUAACACGGAUGAAGAUGAUGGCCUCAUGAAUCUUUUAGAAAUAGACAAGUUUAAUGAAGAAACACUUUUACCCAGCAGUAUGACUGGACUGCUAACAGCUCCACUAGGGUGUGAUGUACUCCAAAAGGAUGCGUCCUGCCAACCUUUAACCUGCCAGAACAAUGAUAAUGAGAGAAAACUGAAACCAGCUAUAAGGAGGUGUUUGUCUAUGACCACCGAAGGAAAGAGCGAGAUGUCUAAUCAUUCAACAUCUGGAAGUAUGAACUCGACAGAGUGUACCUCAAGUCUAUCCAUAUCAGAAACUACUGAGCCAGCAGUUGAGGAGGAUUAUAAUACAGUUUCUUCGAACAACAUUGAUCCUGAUACAAAUAAUAAUAAUAGAUAUAAAGAAAAUACUGCUCCUUAUGACAGUUGCCUACCUACAUCCAAUCAAGGUUUUUUUUUAAAGGAUCUAAAGUCGGCAUUUAAGAGACCAGAACCACCUAAACAUGUUUCGAGUCCAAUUCAAAAUAAAAGAAGGAAAAGUAUAGUGUUUCAUACAAGACCCAGAAGUGAAUCUGAGGUAUUGCAAUCCAAGAAAACAACUUUACAACGUUCUCAUUCAGAAACUGAAGCAAGUAUUAUGAAGGCUUUACAAAGAUCUGUUCAAGAGCCAGACCUGAUUGGAGAUUUUUCAAAGCCGUAUAUACUACCUCUGAUCCAUGGGAAGAAUGAAGACCUGAGAAGCAUAACCCCUGAAACGGUUGUAAGCCUUCUCAAUGGAGAAUACAAUCACGCUAUUGAUAGUUACAUUAUAAUAGACUGUCGAUAUCCUUAUGAAUAUAACGGAGGACACAUUCAGAGUGCCAAUAACAUCUACACAAGAGAAGGGAUCAUGGAAAAGUUCUUGUCAGAAAAGAAUAAACCAGGAAAGAACAGCACCGGCCGCAACAUUGUUAUCUUCCACUGUGAAUUUUCUUCUGAAAGAGCCCCUAUGUUGUAUCGGUUUUUAAGAAAUAUGGACAGGCAGAUGAACAAGGAGAAAUAUCCUGAUUUGCAUCACCCUGAGGUUUAUGUUUUAGAUGGUGGCUAUAAGGCUUUCUAUGAAAAAUACAUGGAGUAUUGUGAACCCAAAGAUUACAAACCAAUGCUGCACAAAGAUCACGAACAAGACCUUCGCCACUUCCGUGCUAAGUCCAAAUCCUGGAGUGGAGACUCUAAAGCAAAAGUAGCCGUUCGUCCAGGACUAAAGUUUUAACAAUUGCCAUCACCUAGUGUACAUAUUUUUUUUUUUGUCUAUGAAUGUGAGUGCAAGUAAGAUCUUUUAAGUGGACAAACUGUUUGAGUAUGGAACCAUGCCAAAUUGGAGUGCUUAAUUACUGUACAUAAGUGUUUUUAAACUAUUUGAUGUUUAUGUAACUUUGUUGAUGGGUUGUAGAAAAUUGGACUUGAUAUUAACAAUUCAAGUCACAGAAUUUAUCUCUGUACAUCUACCAGUGAAAAGUUGCUCAGUAGCUAUAAUUCUUUUUUGUUUGUUUGUUUUGUUGUUGUUUUUCCAGUAUUACAAGAAAUUUUUCAGGGUUCAAAGUGUUAUAGACUUCAGUUAGUUGGUCGUGUUAUUUAAGUUCCAGUGUUUAGUGUUAACUAGUAUUUUAUUAGCAAGGUUUAAAACUCGUUCUAGAGUAUUACAGACCAGUAAUUAACAGUGGAAGAUUUAAUAACAUCAAUCUUUUACUGAACUAU